GGACUCAGACAAUAACAGAUUGACCAAAUACGACAGCGAUGGCAACAAUAAAGGGGGUCUCCAGUUUCAGUGCUGAACAAGAAGCACAGGCACUAAGGAAGGCUAUGAAGGGAUUUGGCACAGAUGAAGAUGCCAUCAUCGAGAUCUUGACGAAACUAAACGUCUCCCAACGUCAGCAAGUUCUGAUCACCUAUAAAAGCAGUAUUGGCAGGGAUUUGAUUGAUGACUUGAAGUCUGAGCUGAGUGGGAAUUUUGAAAGUGUGAUUGUUGGUAUGAUGACUCCUACCACCAUGUACGACGUGCAUGAACUGAGGAGGGCUAUGAAGGGUGCAGGAACAGAUGAAGGUUGCCUGAUUGAAAUUCUGGCUUCUCGCACAAACGAAGAGAUUCGGCGCAUUAAUGAGAACUACCAACUUCAAUAUGGCUGUACCCUCGAGGAGGACAUUGUCUCUGACACAUCUUCCAUGUUUCGAAGAGUCCUCGUGUCCCUCGCGACGGGAAACAGAGAUGAGGGAAUGUAUGUGGAUGAAGCCCUUGCUCAACAAGAUGCUCAGUGUCUGUAUGAAGCUGGGGAGAAGAAAUGGGGAACAGAUGAGGUACAAUUUAUGGCCAUCCUCUGUACACGGAACAGAUGCCACCUACUAAGAGUUUUUGAUGUGUACAGAGGGAUUGCUAAUAAGGACAUAACAGACAGCAUUAAAUCCGAGAUGUCAGGAGACCUCGAAGAUGCUUUGUUAGCUGUGGUAAAGUGCAUGCGAAAUAAACCUGCAUAUUUUGCUGAAAGAUUGUAUAAAUCCAUGAAGGGCUUGGGAACAGAUGACAACACGCUGAUCCGAGUGAUGGUGUCCCGCUCUGAAAUAGAUAUGCUGGAUAUCAGAAGGGAAUUCCUGACCAUGUAUGGGAAAUCGCUCUACUCCUUCAUUAAGGGAGACUGCUCAGGAGACUAUAGGAAAGUUCUGCUCAGGCUCUGUGGUGGGGAGGAUUAAAGGAUGCCUGGUGUAUUGCCUGGGUGAUGGGAAGCAGUUCAUCAUAAGGA